CCCAGAGUAUGCAGGUCGGGUGGCGUAUCCUGACCAAGGGCGUAGAAAAUACAGAGGUCCCUUCACCCUGACAAUCACAGAUCUGAGAGAGGAGGACUCAGCUGAGUAUCGCUUCACUUUUAAAACAGACAAGUUUGAAUGGGGUCAUAGUCUCCCUGGAACAACUCUGACUGUCACAGAUCUACAGGUGAAGAUGAGUCCUGCUACAGUGACUGAGGGACAGAGUGUAACACUGACCUGUAUCACAUCCUGUCCUCUGACUGACAACCCCACCUACAUCUGGUACAAGAAGACUGUAACCUCACCAAAAGCAUCAGGACAGAGUUACAGCAUCACUAACAUCACAUCUGAGGACAGUGGAGAAUAUUACUGUGAGGUCAGGAAUGGAAGAGGAUCUAUGAACUCUGCAGCUCUGAUGGUCACUGUUGCAGGGAAACAGACAUCAGUUCUGACUGCAUCUGUAGAAAUCACAGUGGUUGUUCUGGUUCUCAUCCUCUGUCUCUCUGGAUUCAUCUGGUUCAGAAGGAAGAAUGACUCCAAAUCCCCCUCCUCUGACAAAAGAAACACCAUAAACACAGAAGACAAUGGACAGAAUUUCCAUCCUGAUCCAAACAGAGAAACAUACACAGCUCUGAAUAUGAGGACCAGAUCCCCUGACUACGACACUCUGGAAAGUGUCCAUCCUGGUACUAACAGUGACAUGUACUCAUCCCUGAACAUGACGACCAGGUCACCUGACUAUGACACCCUGAAAAGUGUGAGACCCCUCAGUGACACAAACACCCAGAUAAACACUGAGCCUUCUGAUUAUGAGAACUGAAGAGAACCACCACAGAACCUGGACUGAAGAGAUCCACCACAGAACCUGGUCUGUAGAGAUCCACCACAGUACUUGGUCUGUAGAGAUCCAUCACAGAACCUGGUCUGUAGAGAACCACCACAUAACCUGGUCUGUAGAGAACCACCACCGAACCUGGACUGAAGAGAACCACCACAUAACUGGCAUCAUAUUCAAAGCUAGUAUUAACAUGUCUAUUCUAUUAAUAUAAUUUUCUUACCCCAUAUUGAAGAUGUCCAGAUGAUAAGCUUGUCUUUGUUGUUGUUUUUAUUUACAGUUUUGGACCAUGUGGUUGAAUUAACUACUUAAUAUUAUUCAUAGAUCAGUUAAUCAGUCACUUACCCAUGAUGCAUCACAGUUUUGAUAGUCUCAAACAACGGGUGUGAGUAAGGAAGACGUCCCUGUACCAUCUCGGUUCCUGACAUAGAGUUGAAUCCUUGCUCUGUACCAAAAUGGCUUUUGAGACAGCAUAAAUUACUAUCUCCAUUUUAAAGCAGUGGUCAGAUUGAAGGGGUAUGUGGGUAAUAUCUUUCUUCUUCCUCUACUUUACUGUAGCAGCAAACAAAUGAAAGAGGAGAAUACUGUAACAUAGGUUUGGUUUCAAGUGUGUCCUCAAUUAAAUUCUAUGGUCUCUGAUAAGUUUGAAACUGUCCCCAUAUUUCAUUACACUCUCAUUA